UGGAAGGUCGCCCCUCCAUUUCCCGCUUUUCACCCAGAAUCCAGAUCCGGGGCCCCUCACGGAGAACAACAGUCUGGCCGGCCAAAGGUGCGUCCACAGAGUAUUAAGUCAAUUUUGAUGGGACCCCUCCUAAAUGCUGCCCAAGGAUUUGCCUCUAUGCGGAAUAUGCGGAAUAUGCGGAAACUCUACUAAGUUAUUCCUCGUCCAGUAGAUUGCAAUAAUCUAUAAAGCCCGCCUGCAUUCCAGCUUUGGACCUUUAGAUUUCUACCAUCCGUUAUUUCCCAGCCAUUCUUCAGCCGUUACCCUUACAUCGAGUAGCAAAGCAUAUCUUCUUAUUUCUCCAUCCAAAGGUUGGCCACUUCCGAUUUGCAACCUGAUUCUCGACACCGUGGUCUCUGCUCGAAAGACUCAGAACGAAGUCACCAUGGACCCCGAAAAGAAUAUGGCCGUUACACACAUGGACCAGCCCAUCGACUCGAGUGGUGAAACAGCUGCUCAUCUUGCGAACCAAGAAGAUCACGAGCAAACCAGGAUGCAAGCCAUCAAGCAAAAUCCAUGGGCAUUUGCAUGGUGUAUGUAUGCCGUCUGGCUUACUCUUCUCGUAAGCUUUGAGAACCAGGCAUCUGGAAUUGUGAUCGGUAUUCCACAAUUUCGGAAGGAUUUUGGGUACUUCGCAGACGGCACUUAUGUUCUCCCUGCGAAUUGGCAGGCUGCAUUCAGUGGUGGGCCUGUUGCAUCAACAGCAAUUGGAGCUUUGACAGCCGGAUUCUUUGCCGAUCUAAUUGGCCGCAAGAAGACGAUCAUCGCAGUCCUUGCCAUCUCAUUUGGCUCCGUAACCAUGGAAGUGGUCUCAACCACCAACCCGCUUUUCUUCGCUGGGAAAAUUGUUAACGGUUUUGCCGUCGGAGUCUUAGCAGCUGUCUGCCCAACGUAUAUCGGCGAGCUUACUCCCCUUGCUCUCCGCGGCUUGUUUACUUGCCUCAUGGCCCUGGCCUAUACCAUUGGUCCCUUCACCGCUGCUCUAAUUCUCAACUCAACUGGCACAGUUGAGACACGCUGGGCCUAUCGCGCCGUUUUCGUCUCUCAGUACGGAUUCUCCGGAAUUGCCGCACUAUUUGUUUUCUUCAUGCCCGAAUCUCCUUGGUGGCUCUGCAGCAAGGGAAACGAGGAGAAGGCAAUUCGAAGCCUCAGUCGUCUCGGCUACAAUAAAAACGGCGAAGGCCCAAAACGACUGGCAGUUAUCAAACUCACCCUCGAACAAGUCCGCAAGGAGACUGAAGGCGCUAGUUAUCUGGAAUGCUUUCGCAAAUCGAACUUGAGACGCACUAUCAUCAGUAUUGCCCCGCUCUCUAUCCAGGCUCUCUGCGGUGUCAUAUUCAUUGCCGGCUACUCUACCUACUACGCCCAGCUAGCAGGUUUCAGCACCAAGACCUCAUUCCAGCUAUUUGUAGGCCUGCAGGUCGUAUCCGUGACUGGCAAUGUUGUCUCGUGGUCGUUAAUCGAUCGGAUCGGGCGCCGCAAUCUCACUCUCUGGGGUUUGGCUUUCCUUACUGUUGUCUUGAUGCUGGCUGGUGGUACCGCUACCGCUGGGAGUGUACCAAGCAUCAAGGCUUGUCUGGGGUUCAUGAUUAUAUAUGGCUUCUUCUACAACAUGACAAUUGGCAGUACAGCUUACACAAUCCUGACCGAGAACGCGACCUCUCGGCUCAGGGUUAAGACCAUUGCAAUUGGUGUUGCAGUGCAGAAUACCUGGUACACGAUGUUCAGUUUGGUUCUGCCGUAUUUGUUCAAUCCUGAUAAGGCUAAUCUCGGGGCAAAGAUUGCCUUUAUUUUCGGUGGCAUGGCAGUACUGUGUCUCAUUUAUAUCUACUUUUAUCAGCCGGAGACGACGGGUCGCUCAUACGAGGAAUUGGAUGAACUCUACAUGAAGAAAGUCCCUGCACGCGAGUUCAAGGCUUUCGUCACAGAUGCGGAGAAACAGGGGCAGGAGGCCAGUAAGAAAACUCAUAUUUGAAGAGGAGUGUGUUUUGAUGUAUGAUGGACUUGUGGCUGGCUCGAGAAGUCAGAGAUCUCACUUUUGGUUUUCCCUAAAAUUGUUCACACCUUACUCGUAGUGCAUCCACUACUGGUGGCUCACUGGUGGCUCUAAUUCGACUUCUGCUG